AAUUGGAAAACGGUAGUGUGUGGUCGUCGUUCGUGCAGCAAAUCGUACGAUUUACCCAUCAUUAUUACAAUAUUGUAUUACCGAGUUUUUUUAUUUUGUCUAUAGUAUUUGUGGUCUAGCCGGUAGACCAGCCACUAAAAUCACCAGUAGUACUUCUCUGCCGGCCAAACGUGGUCGGGUCUCGCCGGGCAGCGUCGUCCUAUCGUUUUAUUUUUUUCUUUCCGCGAAAAAAAAAACCGCACAUCGACAACACAAUACGAUUACAAUAGGAAGAAGUAUAUUGUAGUAUAAUUAUUAUUAUUGUACCGUCGUCACCGGUUCUUGUCGCACGCGCGUGUAUACCUACACCUACCUAAACUAUGUAUUCCGUCGAAAAACCGUCCGAGCCGUUUCGCCAGCGCUGCCGGCGUUCUGUCGUCAUGCGAACGGCCUCCUCCGCGAACGGCCACAACAAGUGAACGACGCGCACAAAAGUCACAUGGUCUCGCGCCGCUGUUCACUACCGUCGUCGUCGUCGUCCAGCAUCGGCCAACUCUCAGUUUCACGCAAUAACAACUUUAAUAAUAAUAUUAUUAUUAUUGUUAUUAUCGCCAUCAUCGCUCACGCUAGCAAUCGAUCGCUCCUGCAAUAAUCCUGCACACGAUGGACGGCAAAAUCAAGAAGCUAUACAAAAUCGUACUGACCGGUGGUAAGCGUAAUCCACACCGCAUAUUUUUAAUUUUACUUGCUAUUUAAUUAGUUAAUUAUUAAUGACAAUUAACACCCGCUGUAUAAUAUUGUAUCAUAAUAUUAUCGCUCGAGCCUCGCGUGGAACCUUUGGAUCAAAAAACCGCGUUAAAGGUGAUUUAUUUUUCCGUAAUAUUAUAUUAUUGUUGACGUUCAGUACCAACCGAAGAGAAUGACUUUCAUUUCUCAACAAUGUCAACCUAUGCCGGCUGUCGGGACGGUUUUUUAUUUUUCAAAAAUUUUUGUCUACCGGUUUUGUACGCGUGCGCCCGCCAAAGAUUAGCGCGCGCGGACCUGUGCACGAUGAUAACCACGUUGUUUUUAUCAGAGCUGGCGGUGCGAAGAAUUGACUCGCCCGUAGGGUUUUUUUUUUUUUUUGGUACCUAUUUAUCUUUUGUCAAAGGAGGCGUUCAAAACUUACCGAUUGGUACCUCGUCUACUACACGACAUUGGUAUUAUAUAGGCGCAUUGUAGUAUGAAACACGGACUGGACGUUACAAGGUUAGAAAAUUCCUGUAUAUCCAUCGAAUAAAAUAAAAUACGAUUUCAUGUCACUAAUGACUAUAUUUAGUAAGCAUCUGACCACCACACGGUGAAACAGUUGAAUUUUUUCAACUAUUUGUCGUGUUAUUCAGAGUAAGCUAUGCGUGCCUGCUGUGUUGGUACUACGGUGAUCUCUAAAAAAAGGCCAAGGAAAAAAAACAACUGAAAAAAAAAUUUAAUUUUCGACCAAACAGAUUUGUAAUAAUUUUACAGGUUAGAUUAUGAGGUCUUUUCGGUUUUCAGAACUCUAUAAACUGGCUAUUUUCAAAUUUUCCGAAAAUAAUUGUUUACGUUUUUCAUAUAAACGUGAAAAUUUAAUUGAAAUCCAAUACCCAAUAUUCGUUGUACACGUGAGUAAUACAACAAUAACAGAAUUUGAUUGAUCUUUAUUUUCUCAGGUGAUAUCGCAACGGUUAUAGUAUCUUCGUAGAACUUAAAAUAAUUUUCAAAACCGAGCUGAAAACAUUAUUGUACUAAUCACUAUUUUUAUUAAAUCACAAUAAAAGUAAUUCUGGUCCUAUCUUUUUUUAUGGUAGUAAUGCAGUUCAGUCGGUAAUAAUUUAACACCUAUACCUACAGAAAUGGAUCGGCCUUUCGGGGAAUUGAUUUGCGCAGGCUCACGGGUCGGUUUGAUUUAUAUUUUCUUUCUGGGACGAAGAAAAUUAUUGAUAUAAACCUGCUUUGGUUGAAAAGAAAAAAUUACUUUUUUCUGAAAAUACCGGCUGACGUUUUUAUUAUCAUUAUAACGCCGCGGUUUGUUCGCUCGUGUAAAUCGCGCAUUUAGGAUGUUGCCAAACAGGGAAAUAAUUUGAAUUUGAAAAUUGUGUUAUAUUGCGUGACGUGUACCCAGACUAAAAAACAGCGUCAAUUUUUAAUUUCUAUUUUGUUAGUAAAUAACGUAUAAUUCUACGUAAGAAAACGUUUGGGUUUUUCGAUAAAUUAACAUUAUAAUAGGUAUAAUAGGUAGGUAUAGGUACUGCGAUACGUUAAAUUUCCGAUUUCUCCGGUUUAAAAGUAAAAGAAAAAUUCGAAUUGAAAAAUACGUAGUCGCGUAGAUCAAAAAUUAAAGGGGUAUCCCGCAGCACAACCCCCCCUCCACAACCGGUAUGGCGUCGCUGAAAAGACGAAAACGACGAACAGUUUCGUCAGCUGUUGUUCGAACGGGUCUGCGGCGAGGCGCGGUGUGAGAAGAUGGCACGCCGGCGGGGCGGGUAUUAUUCCGUAGGUAGGUACGAGCGAUUAUUCAUUUUACAAACGCUCGGGUACCUGUAUACCUUUGAUACCCGCGCCCGACGCGCAUAACGGCAACGGGUAUUGCGCACGCACAAUCCUAACCGCGUGGAAUACGAAUCCUCGGGGGUCGACGAAUACGAACGUCGUUAAACAACACAGUAAACUCGUAUCCCCUGAAGUUUUUCGGUGUCAUGUUUUUUAUUUCCCCGUAACUGCGGUGGCGGCAGAAUUUCGUUCGUUUUUAAGCAUGGAUAUUAAAGAACGGAUAGGCUACACCGACAAAAAUGGAGAGAAAUGUGCCGGGACGGGGGAGAGGAAAAGACCGUUUUAAUAUCAAUGCCUCUCACUCUGACAGAGGAAUUAUCACGAUUUAUUUUGCAAUUAUUAUCAUUGCAAGUCGUAGAUUGGAGAUUAUAAAAUUUUACAAUAUAAUACCAACAAUUAUUAUUAAUAUAAAUUGUUAAACUUUAUUGUAUCCGUUGUUAUUAUUAAUUUCAUUGUUCGACUUAUUUUCUCCCAAUACUGUUAUCUAUUUGACUAUAUCCGAGUUCCGUCCAGGGUUUUUAAAACUGAUAUAGUAAUUCGGUCCCGUGUAAUUUAUUUAAUCAUACGAGUUCCGUUCGGUUUUUAAUUUUUUACACUUUAUAUACAACAUAGUAUACAAUUUACGACUAUGGGAACAGUUUUAUAUUAUUUAGAAAUAAAGAUAUUAUUGCUUUCAGUUAUCGCAUUAAAUAAUCGAAUUUGUAUACAUUUUUAUAUUAUUUUAAUUUUUUCUGUAUUUUAACAUCGAUCAGAACAUUUUUAAUCGAGACGGAAUUGGUAUAGAAAAAAAAAAGAUUAUUGGGACGGAACUCGGAUAAUGCUAUCUAUUUGUGUUAAGACCUCUAUAAUUUUUAUAUUCAUCUUCGUUCCCGUAUGAUAAACAUAGAUGGCCAUUCUUUAAUAUCUAUGGUUUUUAGUACGGGUUUUAAGGCAGUCGAUUACCUACGCCACGGUCUCGCCCGAUAUUGUGUCUGUAUAGAAAUAUUAUCGUAUCUGGUAUUUAUUUAUUUAUGAUUUUCUCGUACGUCCGCGUCUCGGUUUACUGCGUUAUCUGCGUCCAUAUGUCUUGUACCCUUCCCCGCCUCCUUUUUUUUCCCUUUAAUAAUGGGAAAUAGACUUUGUCUACAUGUCGCCGUCAUUAUCGAUUUCGCACGAAUUACGAUUAUCAAAGCUACUUAAGUAGAGGCGAUUAUUAUAAUAAUACGAUUAUAUAUUGUAAUAUCCGCAUUUUACGGGUCCAAAUCUCGGUGACUAUCCGACAACUGCAUUUGAAAACCCAGAGAAAAACUAACACGGUCGUGUGGCGUUUAGACAUUUCCAGUUCCGUUUUUAUCAAAAUAAUACUGGGAGGGACAAAAAUCGUUUAGUUUUUGAAGCUUGCAGAUAAGUUUAUUCUUCUCAAAACACGUAACCCGCACUAAAGAAGUGAUCAAAGAGGAGGGGGUACAUUGGUUCCACUUAGUCUCCCAUAGGCCAUAAUCGACAACUGAUAGUUUAAAUUCACAAUGUGAUGUAUUUUCCGAGCUUUUGUUUUAGUAAAAAACGAAAAUUGUAAUCAAUUUUCCAGGUUGGGUUAUCAGAGUAAAUAAAUAUUAUUUACAAAGUUUUUGUUAAUUUCAUUCAUUUUGAAUUCAAUAGCCCUUUUAUAAAAAAAAUGUAGUAAUAUUAGAAAACAGUAACUUGAUCUUAUUCAUAAAAAUAAACAUAACAUAAAUACAAAAACAAUUAUAAAUACAAUACUUAUAAAAUUAUAACCAAUAGAAUUUUUAUUACAAUCAGUUCUCUUUUGUUUUAGAUUUGUUUUUUUUGUCUGGGAGCAAUUUUUCAACUUGAAAUUUGUGUUGCAUUUUAAUAUAGUUAAACAAAAAAGUCGAUUUUCUAUUUUUUGUGUAGUUUUUUAAUAAUUGAGCAAAACCGACAUAGAACGUAGACAAAAUCGGAAAAUUUACGAAAAUAAUGUUUUUACUAUUUUAAAUUUUGUUUUUUGUUGUGGUUCUAUUAAAAAUAAUCGUGGAACUUUGAAAUUCGGACAAAAAAGGUAUAAUUUGCAUUUUCUAGACGUGGUAAAUUGUUCAAAAUUUUUGAGCUGUUUCGACAUUUUAAUUUUGAGAGUUUUUUAAGUAAUUUUUAUUUGAUAGGUACUGCGUGGAUAAAAUUAUUCGAUUUAACAGAAAUGCAUGGAAACUCAACAGUAGGUUCGUGGUAAGUCGUACUUGCGAUUUGCAAAGGUUAUUAAAUUCCUGCAGUUAUUAUCAUGAAAAAACCGCUACGAUUAAUGGUAACCUUACCCCGUGUCCCGGGAUAGGGUUACCAAUAUAUAUACGGUUAAAAAAUAUAAUUAUGUUUUUGUUCACGAACGGAUCCGCCGGCGAUAUUUUAUUCGGUCAAUAAAAAUAUAUAGUAGGUUUUGCUUUAAUAUAAUAAUAUUUAGGUCCUUAUAAUAUUUUAUACCUUCCCAUAUAGUGUCUAUAUACUGACAAUGACUAAUGGGAUAGUUUUCGUAGUAAUAAUCGUGUAUUGAAGUUUGCGUAUAUAUAAUAAUAUUAUAUGCCAAUGUUACAUUGCCUACCCACAAUAAUAUUUGGCGAUUGAUUCGACGCCGUAGACACGUUUCCUCUUCCCCGCUCAUUGGAUAUUAUCUAUCCUCUAUGUAUUGAAAAAAAAUAAAAACGAAACGAAUAUCCACGAAUAGGUGUAUCGAAAGCCGUUUCGUACGGUUUCCCGAAACUAUACUGUGGUUACAAAAUGGAAUCGACGAAUGAAAUACGGAAUUCGUAAAUAAUAAAAAUAACAGGUAUACUAGAUAUAAUAUUAUAUACAUUUCAAGGAUAACCUUAAAUCUUUAUUAUUAUUGGGUACCUUUAAUUAUUGUUAUUUUAUUCCGGUUUUUUUUUUUUACCUAUAUAGAUAUAUUUAUAUAUAAUAAUUAAUAAGUCGCAUUAUUCUAUAUAUAUUUUUUCUAUAAACAUACACGCAUGAGGCUUUAUUUUUGCGGUUUUUGAUCCCAUUAUCGUAUUAUAUUAAUGGAGUUUUUUUUUGCUUGUUUGAUUUUUUAGAAGUAUUCAAGUACCUAUAGGUAUUCUCUUAUUAGAUUGCAGUAAAUAUGUACGACGUAUUAUAACAACAACAAAAAUGGGAAUCACUAGGUUUUUGUACCUUUACGUCCCGUAUUAGCAUUUCAAAUGUACGUAGGUAGUUAGACACUUAAAGAAAUAACGAUCAUGAUAAUAAUAUUAUACUUGAUUUUUUUUAUUAAUACGAAGAAAAAGAAAAUAAUAUCGAUGCGUGACACGAAGUGCGUCCCAAGAUCUCUUAUUCACACGAAUCGCGUUUCAAAACCCAACAAUUGAAAGAAACAAAAAUAUUUUCUUUCCUAUUUUUGUACAGACUAAUAAUAAUUAGUAGGUAUGUAGUGGCAACCCAGCAAAACCUCGUUAGUCGAUUUUAAUUAAUUUUCUAUAAUCGUGGAAAGAAAAUCGAAAAUGACCUUCCAAUGCACCAGGUAGAUCCAAAAAUGCUAAAAGAAAGUUUCUAUACAAUUUUCAAUUGGAUUAAAUUUAUUUGAUAGACUAAUGUUUACAGACGCAAAAAAACGACUUGCGAGGUAACAAACGACAAAUAUUAUACUCUACACUUGAAGGUCGGUUAAAAAUGUCGUUUUCCGUUCCGUUAAAAAUUAAAUGUUUUGGUACAAUGCAUAGCAAAUUACUUUGACAAAAAAAAAAAAAAAUACGUGGAAUUAUCCAUUUAUCACGUUUUGUUUUGUCUCGAAAAAUUUACCAAAUAAAUAUAUCUAGGUUUACUAAAUUUAAACGAAACUGGUGUUAUUAAUAUUGGUAAUCGAAGCGUGAUAUUUUUCCAUAUUUUGACGCUGGUUAAUAAUAAUGAGAGUUCACAUGUUAUGUUAUAUUUCAUUCUAGGUAUAAUGAUUGCAACCGAAGAAAUAUAUUUGUUGUAACAAAAUUAUUAUUAUAAAAUAUGAAUAUUUAAAAAAUGAAUUGAUAUGUUAAUAUCUAUUAUAUUUGGGUACCUGCCUAUAUUUUUAAUAUUAUUAAAUAGGUAACCAUAAUAAUAUUAUGUAAUCAAAACACCGCAGCAGUAAUUCAACGGAUUAGAAUCAAUUAAUAAUAGCUGAUAAGUAUUCAAGGCUAAACGAAAAACAACAUUUGCCUCUCUUGUUACAAUUCGAUCUGAUUUUUUUUAGUCGCAAAAUGAUCGACAUUUUAUUAAAACGAACGAUGGUUUUAAAACAAAUAAAAAUCAAGAUACUUGAUAUCUCGUUUGAUGUAAUAUAAAGGUACAAUUGUUUUAUCACUGUAAAUUGAUAAAAUGAAAAAAAAACCAAAAUGGCAGAUUAAUACUAAGUAUAAUAGUUUACGCUACCGUUAUACCUUUAGUGUCGAAUGGAAUAGAAAAUGAAACACCGUAAUCGUCAUAAGAGAUCAUUAUAUUGCCAUUUGUUUUUAGUUUUUCAAAGUCUGAUAAAUUAUUUCAUGUUCAAUUACAUUGUAAUGAUUAUACUCAUGCGGAAUUACCUAAUAAUUUUAUAUCGUAUAUACUCGUACAUUUUCUUUUCUUUAAUAAAAAUCGUAAAUUUUGUUUUCACAGUAAAUUCACGGUAUUUUGUGUACCUUCUAUUUUUCGAUUUAUGUGAAUAAAAUUAGUUUGGCUCAACCAAAAUGCUUGACAAUUUAACAUGAUGAGGUUGUUGUAUUUGGCGGUAAAGAAAAGUUAAUCUAUUCAUUUUUUUGAUAACUGUUUAAAGUUCAAAUUUUAAUGAAAAUCGUUAAAACCGCGACAUAUGUUUAAUAUAACUUCGCUCAGAAUCAAUUUUCGUUAGCAAUGGUAUAAUAAACUUACAGACAUGCAAAGUUGCAUACAUAUAUAAAUUAAAUUGCUUUAUAUAAUACAUCCUACUUUCUAAACUUCUAUAAUGUUAGAUAAUUUAAUAAAAAAAAAAAAUUAGAAUUCAGGUACUACAAACACACGAAUGGAGAAUAAAAUCUGGCGAUAUCACUGUGCCCUUUGUAAAAUAAUUUUUUUUUAUACUUACAAUAUCUAAAAAGUGACAUGAGGUAUAUUUCUUUUACUAAUUAUUAAGGCCAUGACACCAUUAGAGUUUUUAUUAAACGUGUAAUUCUGUAAAAUUUGAUAAAUUAUGCGAUGCGAAAGUGAAAAUAUUAGGGUAGUGGUGUUUUUUUUAUUUUGAAAUUAAAAUGUCGGUUCCAAUUUCGUGUUCAGUAGUUAUCACUAAUUUUGACCUAAAAUAUGGAUCGUCUAUAUUUGCGAAUUUCUUUAAUGUCUAAUCUGGCGAUAACAUUUAAGAUAAGUUAGUAAGUCAUAAAAAUAUUUUGGUAUUAUAAAAGUAUGUGUGUGUAUAGUUAUAUUUUUGUACAAUAUGGGUAAAAUUUGCCUGCUGCAUUGUCGAUAUUUUACCUUGUGAAUUUUUACCCUCCGAGAUAAAAAUUACGAGGGCGCAAAAUUCGCCUGUUUCACUGGGACGAAAUUGGUAUGAUAAAAGGUUAUUGGGGCGGAACUUGGAUUCAACCAAUAUUAUACUCGUACAAAAACCUCAGGGUUGGCAUGUUUAAAUAUUUUACUUGUUUACAUCGUGUUUAUAGUUUUUUUUUUUUUUUAUAAAAACAGGUUUUUAAAUGUUUUAAUGACUACCAAAUUAUCUGUUCAACACAAACGAAUACAUUUUGUCGAUCUUAAUAAACAUUAUAAUUUAUUUAUUUAUUUUAAUAAAUCAAUAGAUAUACCUACCUAUGGAAUAAAUAUUUCGAUCCAUAAAAUACAUGACAGGUUAGGAUAUUCCUACAUAUAUACAUUAAUAUGGUAAACAGGUAGACCGAAUCUACUUGUUUAUUAUCUCUUUGAAAAGUGUUGAAAAAUUAUUUUUGGUAUUGGAAACCAGCAAAGGCCAUAUAUAUUUCUAUAUUUAAUUAAUUUAAGUACUACUUGCAUCAAUUAUCUAUUUAUAUAUGCUUAAAAUAAUAAAAGAUAAAAAAAAAAGUUUUCCCACAGUACUUGAAAUCUGAAAUUAUAGUAGUUCGGUAACUAUAAUAAUAUGAUCGAAAUAAUUAAAUAAAUAACGAAAUUUAAAUAAUUUUUAUUUUCACUAUCAUACGAAUCAUUAUCAUAUAUUUUUAUAAGCAACAAAUUAAUAGUGAAUUCUGUGAUGGUUUUUAAUUGUAUAAUUAGUAAUUAUUUAUUAUUAUUAUAUUUUAGUUAGGUAUGUACUGUAUAGUUAAUUUUAAUAACUACCUAAUUAGUAUUCUGAUCUAUUUAUCGAACUUUAAUGUACAUAAAUUAUAAUUAAUAGGUAUUAUAUGCUGGCUAAAAUAAUGGAAGUGUAUUAGGCGACCAAUUAAACUUUUUAUUUAUUUUAUUAUAAUAUAUCUCUUAUUUAGUUAAUUUUGAUCUGUUAUGUCCUAUUAAGUGCCAAUGUAUUUCGGUGAAAAAUGCCAUGUCUGUUAUUGAUUUGUUGAAAAAAAUAAAUAAUUAAGUACUACGACAAAUUAAAAAAAAAAAACAAGUUCACAUUUUGUGACACUUUUUAUUAUAGUUUUAUCUUUUAUGAGUAACUUGUUUGUAUCGCAAUAUACCUAUUACACGUCGAAUUAUAUAUAUAAUCAAAUUAUAUCGCGUGCCAUUAAAUUGGUAAUAUUAUUUAUAAUUAUUAUAAUAUAGACAAUUGGGAAUAUUAUUAUCGAAUAUUUUAAUACAGUUCGAUCAUUUUUAAAACCAAAAUAAACAGUAAAAUGUAAAAUGUUGCGUAAUUUAAAAACAGAUAUUCAAAACUGGAAUAUAUAAAAUACCAUUUUUAAUUUAUUUUAUAGGUGUUUUAAAUUACAGUUACAGAAUUAAUAUCUUGCUUUACGUAUUUGUAUGGCAUAGUUAUCAAGUUACCUACUCAGUUUGUUCUUCGAAAAAGACGAAUUUCUUAUUGAAAAAGUAACAAACCAAUAAACUGUAUUCCCGAAUUCUUAUGCAAAUUUGUUUGUUCUCCAAUUAUGAUAAUACUUUUGUUCAAAUUUUAAUUAAAUCUAUAACGAUUUAACCAUCAAUAAUAAUGUAAAAGUUACAUUCAAUUAUUGGGAGAAAAGAGUAGUAUGUGUUUUUUUUAUUACAUUUCUACGAUGUGGUGUAUAAUUAAUAGUAGUCAUACACAUUAGUAGAAAAUGCUGAUUAGUCUUUAGAUGUUUUGCGAGUACAGUUUGAUAUUAUGAAAUGAGGUGAAGUUUAUGUCGCAGUAAACAUUUGACUAAAAAUAAAUCGCCAAGUUGGUUGAUCGAAGUCUCGAGAAAUAUUUACAAUAUUUGUGUAGCAAAUUAUUAUGUUUUAACUUGGUUUUGUUCUUGGUAAAGUGAUGUCUUAUUAUUAGUUAUUAUUAUACGAUCCUUUGGGAAAUUUCCGGGAAAUGGCAUACUCAAUUAUAAAGUAAUUUAUUUAUCAGUGCGUGUUCUUUCUUGAUUUUUCUAAAGAACAAAAUAAUAUUGUACAUAUUUCCAUGGAAAAAUACCUAUUCAGAAUGUUUGUUAUGUAGUGAUGUGUUUUACACAAUGAAAUGCAUAAAUUACCUUGAUUUUGAAUGUAAUAUGGUUUGGUCUUUUUUUCAGUUAUCAAUAGAUAAUUUUUUUUAAAAGUACGACGUAAUUUUAAAUGCCGCCCUUAUUGUUGACUGUGUAUUAUUUAAAUAAAAUAAUUGUUAAUUAGUACCCAGUUUGGUAUAACGCGUGUCGCGUAUAUUGAUUAGUAAUAAAUAAUUGCUAUGAUCGUAUCACUAAAUAAUUACUUUUUUUCAAACAAUAUUACAACUAUCAUUUAUUGUCAUUAAUGUGCAUUGUAAGUAUACAUAGUGUGCAUUAUAAUUAUGAACAAUAUGAUAAUCUUUAAGAUAUAAUAAUAUUACCUAAUUCAAUGAAUGUUAGGUAGGUACCUACUUAUCUAGAUAAUGUUUCUUCAUUUGAUAACUAGCAAAAAACUUUUCACGAGUAUACUUGACCGAUAAGGUACCUAUUGAAUAAUAACUUGUAUUGGAUUAUUAACAUUAAUGUUUAGCUUUGGUACCUAGGUAAUUUAUUACCUACCUAGUUUAUUAUUCUAGAACACCUUGACUGUAAGUCUACAUUUCUUUUCAAUGUCUUCAAUCUUUGGAACAACAAAGUUUUUACGAGAUUCUAGUUUUAAAAUAGUACAUUAUCUUUAUAACUUACUAAUAUAAAUAAAAAUAAUAAUUUUAAUUAUGAACUGAAUUAAACCUGUCUUCAUUCUAUUAAAUAAAUAAAUAUAUAAAAACUGAUUCUCGGUACAUAGUAGGAUGUUAUAUAUUAUAUGCAACUAAGAUAAUAUCCUUUAUAAUAAUAAUUCUAAGAAUUCGAUUUUAUUAUUAUACGGGGGUCUAUGUAUAUAAAGUAAAAUAAUCAUAUUAUAAAAAAAAAAAAGCGUGUGACAAUAAUCAUAUCUACAAGCUUUGUUUUUUUCUUCAUUUUUUUCUUCAAUGACUAAGUGUUAUUAAGAAGAACAUUUACCGGUGAUAAUUUUCUACAACUAUACUAUGAUACUUGGUUGACUUAUCAAAUAUCGGGUUUAUAUUUAUACUCACAAACACGUUAGUCAUCAAUUUUAGAUUCUGAGCGCCGUGAAAAAUACAUUGGUUUUACUAUAAUGUAUGCUUUUUUUUAUUUUAUUUUGUCUGUUAACAAUUUUUUAACUAAAAAUCUUGGAAUCUUGCUCGGAUUUUCAAGUGAGCUUUUUUUUUUGAAAAUACAUUUUGUCUAAUUGGUGCAUUGGGGAGAUUGUUUUUAGAUUUUCCUACAAAUUUUUUGAUUAAUUGGGGAAAAACUGGAAAACUUUUUUAAUAACGGUUUCUGUUAUUUUCGAUAUUAUUUUUUCUAUUGUAAUUCAAUUGUAAACAGUAAUUUAAACUGAAAUGUCCACAGAAUGUUUAUAUUAGCUUUUUUUAGAUAUAGUAAAAAUGUUGAGCUAUUAAUAGCAAUAUGCAAUUUUAAAGUAUUUUUAGUUUUUGGUUGGUUUUAUGUGGAUAAAAUUAUUUUGGCUCAGCCACGAUAUUUAAAAAAUUAAUACGAAGUUUAUUAAGUGGUGCGUUAUGUGUAUAAUAGUAGUUUUUUUUUUUUAAAUACAAAUUUGUAUAUAUAAUAUGUAUGCAUAUGUAAUAUGUACUUUUUUAAGUACAAAUUUUACUGAAAAUCUUAAAAGUCACGUAAUUUUAAAACAUUUUUAAUCUAAAUUCGCUCAAAAUCGGUUUUGUCUACAACAGUAUGCCCAGCGUUAGCUGUAUCGGCAUUUUGUUCAAACUUAAUUUGCGACUAAACAAUAUCAUUUCGAGUUAUUUAAUAAUUUUUGAGAUAAUAAUGAACUUAUUGUAUUUUGUAUGUAUAUUAUGUUAUAACUUUUAACAAUAAAUAGUUUUUCUGCAAUUACUAACAAUAUUCAUGUAAUAUUAAUAACGUGUUUUAUUUAUGAUUAUAGUUUUAUCUUGACAGUUGAUGUUUAUUUUUUCAUUAUGGUUUAUUGACAAAUAUUUGUUUAUGAAUAAUAUUAAAACCGCCCUUUUAUUUGUCGUAGAAGUAUAGUUAUUAUUCCGAUAUCUUUAAAUAUCAUUUGAGUACGGAUAUUAUUACGUAUUAAUUCUUUCAGUGGUAAUUUUAUUCGAACGUUUCAAAUGUUUAUUAGUUUAUUUUAUCGCGUAAAAUAUAAAAACCUAUCGCUAAACUUUAAGCUAGAUAUGAUUUUUUUAUUGGGCAAUAAUAAAUACAGUAUACUAUUACCUAUAUUAAUCUAUCGUCGGUUAAUAUGUCUAUAUUAUAAACACAUGGUGUUAUAAUAUUAUUAUUAGUGUUCCUAUGUUUUAAAUUUCAUUAAUAAAGUAGGUUGUGUUGUGUGUGUACCGAAACAGGGUGUUUCACGAAGAUUACCCAAUGCAAUAUCUCGGAAAGUAUUUAUUUUUUUUCAGAAUUUUUUUGAUAAUAGAAACAAGCCGAUCUAAAACGUUACUUUACCAUUAUGUUUUAUCAUCUUUAUUUUCGAGGGUAAACCACUAUUCAUUUUUGAUUUUAAAAUUUGCCAUCUGUGUUACAAAUUCCAUAAAUAGAUAGUAUUUUAGUUAGGAAACAUUUUGGUGUUGACAGUUUUAAUUUCUGUCAACUCAUUCAUGAGACAUUCCACUUUUAAGUUUGAAAAGUGUAACAUUAUUUGUGUGGCACGUGUCAUUUGAAUAGUGUGUUUUUUUCCAUUCUGUAUUAUUAAAAAUAAAAUGAAUAUGUUUUAUUGAACUAUGCACCUAUUGCAAAAUUACGUCUAUAGUAGGCAUUGUUAAAUACGUACACACCACACGGCCCAUUAAUUUCCAUUCGUUUUGUCUGCUUUUAUUAUUACAAAUGUAUUUAUGAUGAUGAUUAUGAUGAUGAUGAUGAUAAUGAUGAUGAUGAUAAUAUUAUUAUUAUUAAAAUGUAUGAUAUGCAUAAGUUUAUUAAAAUGAUAACAACCUACAAAUCCACCAUACUACAAUGUUAGUUUAAUUAAUUAAAUUUACCGGUUUAAAAAAUUGAAACUACUUUAACAUCUGAGAUAACAAUGAGAUACAGUAUAAAUAUACUGUAUCUCAUUAACACCUGCUUAAUUUGUAUAAAGAGUUUUUAGUGUAUUGAAUGUUAUAAAAUGCAUUUUAGAUUCAGAGCGAAACGAGAAAUGUAUUUGUUUCACAAUAAUGUUUAUUUUUUCUUCUUUUAUUUUUUUGUGGACAAUUUUUCUACCAGAAAUUUUGCUCCAAUUUACCAUAAGAGCACUUUUUCUCAAAGGAAAUCUGACUGGAGUGAUACUUUAGGGAGGUUAUUUUUGAUUUUCCCAAGAGUUUUCUUAAUAAAUGGAAAAAACCGAGAAGAACAUGGGAAUAUUAGUUAUUACGAUAAUAGUCAUAGUUGAAUAUUUUAAAAUGUGUAUUAAAAUCUUAUAUCAUGUUUAGUAAAAUAAUUGAACAUAAAUAUAUAAUGUUAUUAUAAUUUACGAUAUUAAUAAAUUAUACAUUAUGUUCAUUAAUUUUCUAUAUUUAUGUAUAGUUCAUCAUUAUUCAUCAAUAAUCAAUAAUAAUAACAUAACAUAAACAAUUAAUUGAUAUAAAAUACCGUUCAUUUUAUUUUAUGUUUUCAAUUAUUGUAUAAGUAUUUUUGUUUUUCUUUAACCAAUUUGCUUGUUUCUUUAAUUACUUUUGAAUUGUUUAAUUAAAUAUUAUGAAAAGUUAAAGAAAAAACUUCUUGAAAGACGUCAUAAGAAGGUCACACAUAUAUAACUAAAUUAUCAAAACAAAUGUAUACAGGGUGAUUCUUUAACGUUAAACACUCAUUAUUUCGCAAUUAGUUUAAAUCAUUUUUCGUGUUGAAUUUUUUGAUUUUCCUCAACCUAUUUACGAGAUAUUUCAAUUUUAAGUUUGAGUGGGGGGGAGCGGAAUAUAAUUUGUGUGGUGGUAUAGUGCGUGAAGUUUGAAUUAUACUCCCCUAUACAUAAACUUAAAAGUGGAAUAUCUUUUGACGAAAAUAAAAAAUGUCAGCACCAAAAUGUAUUUAAACUAAUACUCAAUCUAUGUAUGGAACUUUUAAUGUAUGACACCAUUUUAAAAUAAAAAUUAGGUAGUCAGUUUACACCCAAAACUAAGGAUAACAAAAGAUAAUGAUAACGUAACAUUUUAGAUUCCCUUGUUUCUUAAAUUAUUAAAAAAAAUUUGUUUGAAAAAAAUCAAUACUAUGUGAAUUAAUGAGUGUUUAAUGAUAAAUGCAUCAUCAUGUAUAUAUUAUACAGUAUACAUAUAUUACAAUGAUUAUUAAACUUUAACGAUUUUAAUUUACAUUUGUUAACAAAGUAAAACCGUAAAUUGAUUAAAUAUUUUCCAAUUUCAGUAAAAAAAAAAAAAAUGUGUUUAUAGUAUAUUAUUAUUCUCAUUGGUAAAUUAAAUAAUGUAAUAUAGAGGUCGAGUGGAAUUAAUUAUUUAUUAAUAAUAUUUAUAAUUAGGCUUAAUUUGACUUUUUCACAUUUAACGAAAUUAUAUUGAUAUAUUGAUUUUUAAAAAUCAAAUUUUGUUUAUAAUCAUUUUAUGAAAUCCUUAACACAUUUAAAGUUUUAUAAAUAUUAAUUAAUAGAAUUUGUUAACUUAAAAAUGUUUUUAAAAAUCAGGUUCUUUUUGUUGUUUCGAUAAGUAUUGUACAUAUUAUAUGACGUUAACAUUGUAAACUGUAAUUUAUCAUUUUUAUUGGUAUUCAAUUUAAUCGAAAUAUGCGUUUAAGCGUAAUGAAUACGCAGACGUUUAAUUUUAUAAUAAAUAGCUACCUAACCUAUAUGUAUUGUUCAUAUUGUAUUACUAAAAAGUUCAUAAAUUAUUUCCUAUUAAUGUAUCUUAAAACAGUAGAAAUUCAACUCUUUCUAUAUGUUUGAUGCUUUUUAAUAUUAUUAUAUUAUGUUUCAAGGUUUUUCGAAAAAAAAUAUUUCUGUAAUUAUCUCACAUAAAAGCCAUUUUAUGUCAAAUAUACUAUAACCUCCUGUACGUAUUAUAUACCUAGUAACUACAAUAUAAUAAGUUACUCCGCUAAUAAUAAGUUCAUAUACUAUUAUAACAUUAAAAAGCUGCAAUAAAUCAUGCUUAUACAUUAUACGUUAUGUGUACGUUCAUUUUUAUACAAUUUUCGUUUUUAUAACUUGUUCGUGCCACUAAACAAACAAAUACCAUAAUAUAUAACAAUAUAUUAAUAAUAAUAAAAAAUGAUAAUGACUUUUUGUAGUUUUAUUUGAACGUAAUUAGCAAACGUAAGAGUAAAACUUGAAUAGUUAUUAUUAUUAAAAUAAGAUUUUUAUAUUUCGUUUUUGAAGAUCAAUAGAUAGAUAGAUAAAUAUACAUUUUUACUUAGAUAAGUGUUAACACUCAAAUACUUAAGUACACAAAUCAUAUUAGAGCGAAAUUAUAUAUAUAUAUAUAUAUAGUAGAUAAUUUUAGUCUUUAGACUCUUAGGAACUAGAUAAAAAUAAGAGUAUUUAGCGGAUUAUUCUUACACAUUAAAUUUAUAUUAUUAUUAAAUAUUUUACGUUACAUUCAUGUUAUCGUCAUGUAUUUUAUAUUAAUUGGUUCAAUAAAUUAUUGGUUUUUGUUUAUUUCAUACUUUCAUCAGCAUUGUCAAAAGAUACAAUUCAUUUUCAUACUCUUUGAUAUGAUCAAGUGCAUUCGUUACUGGAAUUAUUGAAGUUGUUUCAUCCUCUCUCACUUUCUUCCUCUGUAUUAUUUACAUCAGAUAAUGUAAUUUUAUCUGUAAGCAACUUUCUGUUCAAUACUAUUUGGUAAAUAGACUACCUGACACCAUCGUCAGUUGCUCCUUAUCUGUGAAACACAUCCAAAUCUUGAAAAUCUUCACUGCUUUCUGAAAACAAUUUUUAAUAACGACAUCCGUAAUUUCAUCCUAUGCUGCAGGUAUAUAUAGUACAAUGCACCGAGUACACCAAUUUUUUUCGCUGAAUUUUUCACUGUGACUUUUACUGGGUAGUAAGAUAGUCCUUUAAAUUUCACUGACAAAGACAGCGGUAUAAUAAAUAUAAAAAAAAACUUACACCAAAUAAAGGUAACAUAAAGCGUGUUAUCUGAAGUCUAUUAUACAUGUUAAACAUUUUCAAAAUCAAGGGACUCUUGAAAAUGAGCGUAUAGGCAGUAAAUCUUAAGUGAGAGCGUCUUAAACGGAUUCUUCUGUAAUAUUUUUAUAGGAUGAUUAACAUAAUGUAAGACACUCAUCAUCUCGGAAAGUAAACUUUUUUCAAAAUUUGUUUUAUUAAGUCAUUUAAGAAAUAAGUAGCUCUAAAUUUUUACAUUACGGUUAUUUUAUGUUGCCCUUGUUUUAAAGGGUGAAAUUACAAUCUACUUUUGAUUUUCUAAUUGAAACUUAUAUUAAAUCGUCCAUAAAUAGAUGGAAUAUUAGUUUAAUUUUGGAGUUAAAGUAUCUGAUUUCCGUCAACUCGUUGACGGGAUAUAACACUUAAAAUGCUGCGCGCUGUGCCACCACACAAAAGAUUCACUACUAAUCUCUUCUCAUCGAACCUUAAAAAUGGAAUAUUUCGUCAACGGAUUGGCGGAAAUUAAAUUGAUUUAAAUUAAUACUCCAUUUAGUUAUACAAUUUUUAAUAUAGGUUGCCAUUUUAAAAUCAAAAGUAGGUAGUAUUUUCACCUUCUAAAAUAAGGGUGAUAAAGAGUAUUAUAACAUUUUGAAGCUACUUAUUUCUUAAAUGUUCUAAAAAACCAAUUCCGAAAAAAAAGUUAAUUAGUUAUUAUUUUGUUCACCCAAUUGUAUAUAUACAGUUGAACAAUUUACAUAAUAUACAUACGGACUAUUAUUUUUGUCUAUUAUAAUAAUAAUAUUUUAAAAAUCGCACACGUAGUUAAAUCAAUACAUUCCUCACUACGUUCAAUAUAAAGCAUAUAAAUAAAUUGACAUACAAAAGCGUGUACUGUCUAUAUGCACAUUACUUAUUGCUUAAAGUCUAAAAUGUCAAAGUACCUAUUUGGUUAAUAUAGCCUUAUGUUUGAUUUACAAAUAAGAAUUUAUAAUUUGAAUUUUCAAAGACAUUAUUUAGAGGCAUUUUGAUAGUUACUUACUAAGUAUCUAUAGUAUACAUAAUCUAAUAUUUGACCAACGGUUUGAAAUUUAUUAUUAUAAUUUCAAGUUUAGAAAUUACGAGGUGUUUCAAUGACAAAAUUACACGACGUUUUUAUUACGUUUGCUCUUUUCUACUCCAUUGAUAUAAAUGUUAACCGUAAUAUAAAAUUAAAAUGUUACAUGGUAUCGUUUUUUAAAUCGAAAGUCUCAAUUAUCUUAAACAGUAAAAAUAAAGGAUAUAGUAUGGAUAACGUUAUUAUGAUUAUUGAAAUAAAUAACGAUUACAAUGAUAAUUUGUACAAAAAUCGGACGUGGUUUAAAACAAUAAAUUAGUUACCUACCAAUGUUCACGAAAAUUAUUUAAAAAAAAUAUAAUAGUUAUAAGAAUAACUAACAACUAACAUUAAAAUUUUUAAUUUAUGUAUACAAAUUGUUAUUGUUUAAUAUAAUAGAUAAUGAAUAAUUGUAUCUAAUUGUUUAGGUCCUUGUGGAGGCAAAACGACUGGACAGUCGAGGUUAUGUACAUUUUUUGAAAAUUUAGGAUGGAAAGUAAGUACCUAAUCUAUGUCUAAUUAAAUAAUUAUUUUUAAAUAUAUGAUAUUUUAGGUGUAUAGAGUUCCAGAAACCGCUAAUGUUCUUCUAAGGUAAUUAUAUUAUAUGUAUAUGGAUUAUAAAUUGCGUUUACUUAUAUAGUUGAUAAAAAUGUGUCUAUCAAUGGUCACCAAGUUUUGGAAAAGUUAAUGGGGAUUGUAGAAGACUGUAUUUACUACGAGUUUAAGUAUAUAUAUAUAUAAUAUAUUAUAUUUUUAAUUCUAUUUUCAAUAGCCAUACGUCCUUAAACAAGUACCUAAAUCUUAUAGUUGUUUUUUUAUGACCUCCCUCUUUCUUUACAAUAAGUAAUAAGUUAUAGUUUUUAAGGUUACAUACAGACUUAUAUUAAUACACCUAUUUACACUGGCGCAGCGCGGAUUUAUAAAUGGAUUAGGAUUAGAGGGGUUUAGGGAUGUUCAAUUCUCUUAUUCUUCAAUAUAACUAAAAAAAGCAAUGGGAUUUUAGAUUGGUUUAGGGAUAUACAACUCUUUUAACCUUACCUAUAAUUUUAAAAAAGCAAUCGGGGGAAGGGGUUAUAACACCUAAAUUCUACCCUAACUACACCACUGUUUGUAUACUAUACUGCCUGUACCUAUAUUACAUUUUAGGCUGUAGGGUACGUUUUACAUUAUAAUUAUUUGUACUUUUUUUUCUUUGAAAUUACAGUGAACUCGGAAACAAUAAUAUUAUUUAAAAAUAAUUGUAUUUUUCAACAUCGACCAACUUAAUCGAAUACUUUGGUGAUUAAAACAUAAUAAUUUGCGCAUAUAAUAUUUUUAGUAACGUAUUAUAAUAUUGACUUUGUUCUGCAGUUGGUAAAGAUUAUUAGAACUAUUUUAAUGAUGGUAUAAUUAUUAUUAGGUUUUAGGUAUAUUCAUACAUAGUGUUGUAUAACUCAAGAAUAUUUUCUGAUUACGAGGAUUUUCGAACAUUUGAAUUUGUUGCUUAUUCAUAUUUACAUAGCAAUGCUAUAUUAUAAUAUACAAACAUUUUUAAUUUGUGUAUAAAUAUACUAAAUGCAUAAAUAUAACUUGUAACUUAUAACUAUUCAUAAGAAUAUUAAUACUAUAUAUUCAAGGGCGUUCAUAGGGUGGUAUUCAGAUGGAGGACAAAAUGAAACUAGAUUCCAAAACCUAUUUAUAGCAUAUAGAUAUUAUAAGUUGACAUUUCUUGAAAGGGAAUUAGGAAGAAAGGGUAUGUAAUUAUGUAAACAUAAGCUUUAUAAAACUUGUGAGUGCUGAAAUCGAGACAUUAUAAUAUUCUAUUGUUUAUAGUUUACAUUAUACAUUUCAGUAGAGAAUUAUAAGUAAAAGGUAAUUAUAAUAUUAAAUAACUAAUACUUAAUCAAGCGCGUUCCUGAGGGGAAGGCUGUUUUUCAAAACAUGACUUAUAACCGAACUUAGCUGCGAAUCGUUUUUCUUUAGCAAUGGUUUAUUGUUGCUUACGGUUGUAAAUUAAAUAAUUUAAUGUACCCUAUAUCUUAAUUUCCCCACUUAUAACAUUGAUAAAUCCGUCUCCAGUAUUAGCAUUUUUAGAUUCCGAGAGAAUUAUUGGUUUUACUAAGAUGUUUUUUUCUUUUUUUUUUUUUUCUUCUAGUCUAUAGACAUGGUUUUACUUAAUAUACUUGCUCUGAUUUUUACGUGUAGUAACUUUUCUGAAAGCUCAAGCUGUCUAGAUUGUAUUUUAAAAAGGUCAUUUUUUUUGAUUUCCAACGCCAUUUUUUAAAUAAAAGUACUUAAGUGGGAAAAAACGUAAUAAAACGUAUAAUUUCAUGGUUUCAUUAUUUUAUUAAAACAUGGACGUGUUCUACCAGAGAAAAUGAUUUAGUCGAAAAAUCACAAGACACCUUUUUUGUGUCUUUUGUCUUACUUUCUUACCGUAUCAUCGUCAAAACUUUUAAGUCACUUUUGAGCUUUUAAGGAAUUUUAAUUUUUAGGAGUUUUUUUUGCUGUAAUUCGGUUAUAAAUACACGUAGAGACUUGAAGCUUGGUAAUAAUUAGAGCGCGGAUUUGUAUGUAUUUGCAUAUUUAUUCUGGUUGAUCGUAUAACAAGUUAAGUGAGUACAAAAUGUAUUUCAUGACAUAGUGAUUUAAAAAAUUGAACUUUUUAGUGCAUAUUUUUGCAUAUUUCGAUGGGUUUUUGUUUUUUUGACCUUUUUAAAAUAUAUACUAUUGUAAUAUAAGAAAAAAAUAUUAUAUUUGUAUAAGUUCGAUAAUAUCAAAAUAAAUGAAUAGGAGGUAUACUUGUAGGUAUAAACGGUUUUUCCAAAUACGACCUUAAAUUAAUAAUCGGUGAAAUACGUAUACUAAGAUGAGAAAAUAUCGAUAUGACCAUUGACAUUAUUUCAGUUGCGUUAAAAUAUUUACUGUGCAUUCCUGUGUGCUUUUUGUUGUAAUUCGCGUUUAGAUUAAAUUAUUUUAUCAAAAUGCCGAAAGAUAAAUCGUCGUUAUCGAGAGUCUUAUACAUUAAAACUACUUAUAAAAUUAUGAAAGUGAAGAAAAGUAUUCAUAGUAGGGUUCCAUAAUUUUAAAUUAAUUUUUUUAAUGAAAUGUUUAAAAUAUAUAUUUUUUUCUUAUUUUGUUAUGCAUAUCCUUUAUUUUUCAUGUAUAUUUUAAAAUUUAGUGCAUAUAUGUAUGCAUAUUUAAGAUUUUUUAGCGCAUAUUUAGUUGGUUUUUAAUGCAUAUAAAUCCGCGCUCUAGAAAUAAUACUUAUAUUGGACUAACCUAGACGUGGUAAAAUGUCCAAAAUCAUCGGACGACUUUUUUUCCUUUAUUUAAUAAGCAUUUUGAAAUUAAACGAAAAUCGCUAAAAAAAAAAUACAGCACUUCAAAUCAUGUAUUACCGAACUGCGUUCGGAAUUGUCUUUCGUCAAGCAACAGUUUAUCGUUGCUUACAAAUAUAAAUGAAAUAACCUUAAGUAUCCUAACUAACUUCUCACCUACAACAGUGGCCGCUCCCAUCUUCAAUAUUAGCUCAUUUUUAAAUUUUACUGCUAAAAACCUUAUUAUUAUUAUUUUAAGUAACUCUUAUUUAAUAUCAGUCAAAUUUUCGUUUGAAAGUAUAUACCUACUCGUAUUUUAAUACAAUAUGAGCGUAAAAAAAAAUAUUGUGUAUUUUAAUCGGACUACUUAAUUAUUUGAAUUAAAAUUGCUAAUUAUUACUGGUAACAUACUGUUAAGAGUAUAGCGUAGACACUAAUCAUACACAUUAUUUUUAUAAUUCAUUACAUUAUAAUUAACACAAACACGGUGAUAAUGCCGUCAUAAUAGACUCGCUCUAGCGGUAACUGUAGAGUAAGUACUAGAGUAUAGAAACAUCCGUAUGCAUGGUAGCAAGUAGAGAGAAGAGUGCCUAUCUAAAAUAAUUUUGUUACCAUUCAAACUUACUGGAAAAUUCCCUGAGUUUAUGGUUGCGGAUUUUGAAAUCGCCAAACCGGAACAUGAUAUUGAGUGAUAUUAAUCAUACUGUAUUUUCAUUCAUCCGACCAAACGUUAUUCAUAAGUUUACUCUCAGCUUCUAUUACCCGGGACAAACUGAAUGAUCGGCCAGGAUACCGGGACAUGUCUUUAAAACCUGACGAAUGAAAAGCUUACCUGAGUUGGACUGAAUUCAUCUUUUCUCUCGAUUGGUUUACAGUAAAUUGAUCGGUUGAUUUAUUGGUGUUUUGCACAUGCAUACUAAUAUCUGUGGAUAUGAUGAUGCGACUCGUCAUGAGACACGGCAUUUUGCGAUUGCACGGUAUAAUAUUAUAUUAGUAUAUUACCAUAAUAUUGUUAGACACGAGUUAGUUUAAUAAGUUAAUAACCGAUGGCGCUAGCGGUACACAUCAGGCAUUUGCAAUGACGAACAUUAGAAAAACCGCCAAAUGUCCAAGUAUCCAAUUGAAAACUGUUGUUUAGUUGGCUACUUUCUGAUUAUAAUAUUGGCUCUCUAGUAUUAGGUAUAAUAUAUACCGCAGUCAGCAAUAAAACGUUUGAGAAGAUGACGUGAUGUUCUCACGUAAUAAUAUAAUAGUAUAAUAAUAUGCUGCCUCGACGCGUCUAACUAUAACGACUAACGAGCGAAAUUAAUAACACUAAGCCAAACAUAAAUUAUUGUGGCAUCUAGCAGCUACACAAUACCCAUCCAUACACAUUACGAACAGUGCGUAUUAUUUUAUUAUUCGUAUUUCGCGACUCGUCGUAAAUUCGUAAAUCGUGUGUAGGUAGUGUCCAUUCGUUGGUUCAAAAUAUAAUACCUACGUAGGUUGUCACAGUUUAUCUACACACAGAUAACUGUGAAAAAAAAAAUCUAAAAGAUCAAAUAUAAUUCAAUAAUAAAAACGAACUUCGUAUACGUAUGUAACAAAAAAAUGCGGAGAAAAAAAAUUACAAACCAUAAUUUAUUAAUGUGUGUUGAAUACGAAAUAUAUGUUGAGAUUUUUCAUUUCCGUCAAUUUAUUCUGCUCUUAAGAUUAGGUAGGGGGAGAGCAGUGGAACACUAUUCAAACAUUAGGCGCUGUACCAUUACACUAAUUAUGCCUUACUACUCUCCCUCUGCCUAUUCUUAAAAGUGUAAUAUCUCGUGAACUAGUUGACGGAAAUCGAACUCGGUAUUGUCAACAAGAUACUACUUAAAUGUUAUGAAAAUGUCGUCUUUAACUAAACUUAAAAAUUCCCAAAUUCAAAAUUUGCAUAAUUAACCGCCAGAAAUGAAGUAAGCAUGCUUUUGAUUGAUGGUUUUCACAUAAAAAGUAUUUUGAAUAUUUUGGUUCUUCUAACAUAAUUUCAACAGACAUUUUUACCUAGAUUUGGAUUGUUUAUAUUUUAUAGUGAAGUAUAUUCGAAAAAAAAGUUGCAUGUGUUAUUUUUUAAGAAAAUUAUAUGGGGUGAGGGAUAAAAGGGGUUAAAACGGAAACUUUGAUUCUUCUAGUGUCAUCGAAAAAUUGUGGAUCUAAAAAUCGGAUGCUUAUUUUAUAAAAUGUACUUUUGAAUUUUAUAUACCUGAUAUAUUGUGCCGUGGCAUUAAGAAAAUUUAAUUUGGCAGUGGAAACUUGUCUUCCUGUUACAAUGUAUCUACAUAAUUUACAACACAUUGAUAUUUUUAGAUCAAUAUAAGUACUUAUAAGUACAACUCUGGUUGAAUGUUUAAACGUUUAGCAUUUAGUAGGUUUUCGAUAAUGUUUGUGAAACAUAUUACUGAAUUAUAAUAAUUGAAAAAUAUAUGAUUUGUAUAGCAUAUUAUAAUUUUACGAUAAAACAAAUAAUACAAUUUGGGUUUAUUAUAUUAAAUUAUUAAAAUAAAUAUUUUUUUUAUAUAUAUACUGAAGAAAAGACCUUUCGCAGCAUGGACCAUUGGGUUUACAAAUGAUUUAAUUGAGUAAAUACAUUAAAUACAUUACAUUACAUACAUAUUUACUUAAUCUAAUUGUAUAGUAAGUUUUUAGAUCUUGGUUUGGAGUUUGACAGCUUUGAUGAAUUUGAUUGUAUUGAGUAUUGAUCGGGGAUGAUUGUCGAAUGUUUCAACUAAUGAUUCAGGCAGGUUGGAACUUGCUCUGAUGUUGAAAUAUAUUCGACAUUCAGUGAGGAUGUGUUUGAUGGUGAUUUGGACACCGCAGGCUGAGCAUAUUGGAGAUCUUCCUUGGCCAUUAAGAAAUUGUAGGAGAUUUGAGUGUAUCUGAUUUUGAGUUUCAUUAAAAUAAUUUUGAAUUUUUUGAGUAUAGUUCCAAUUAUCAGUAUUAUGUUUUAUGUUUUUUUGAAAAAAAUAUUUUGAAUUAAAUGUUAAACUAAAAAACAUGUAUGUACACAGAAAAUUAAUUCAUUAUUUAUCUGAAUAGGUAUGAGAAAAAGAAAAUAAAUAUUCAAGCCUAAAUCCACUUUUGCCUGGAAUUAAGUCCGGUGUGAGGGGAUUAUUUCUCUAUGCCUUAAACAAUUAUCAGUAGUGAAUUAUCAUAAUUAGUAUAUAAAUCAUAAAAUCAACCACCAAAGUUCACAAUAAUGAAAAUUGAUGUACUGCAAUAAAUGCAUGAGCCAAACUGUUAAUAUGUAGGCAAUAAAUAUUAUUAUAGGUACAAAUAUUUAAUAAUGGAGUUCAUCAUUAUUCAGAUUUAAAACUCUUAAUUGUGAAAUAGUUGAGUACAAUUUUUGAGUUUUUUGAAACACAAUUAAAAUAGAUAUUAUAUAUUAUAUUAUUGUAUAUAAUGUAACAAUGAAAUAAAUUGUAUUUAUGAUUUCUAGAACCAUAUAGUAACUACAUUUUAUAUUUAAAAAAAAAAAAAAUGGUUAAAAAAUUCAUCAAAAAUUUAUUAUCAUAAACAAAAUCAAGAAAAUUCUAAAUCUUUUUCAAUUAAUGAAAUUUUGAAAUUUUAAUUCAUUAUUGAAUUAUUAUCUGUAUUAUUUGUAAUAAAUUAUAUCUUUAUGGGUUUUGAAACGAAAUUGGGAUUCUUUCACCUUUCAUUAUCUUACAUAAUAAUUUAGAACAAUUUUCAAUCCUUUAAUUUAUGAGAAAUUUACAAAAUAAUCAUUGACUCCCUUAAAAUGAAAUUUAUAUUCAAUUGCUCGCAUUAAUUAUUAGAGAUAUCCUAUAAAAAUGUAAUCUAUGGUUUACAAUAUAAUGAUUAAUCAACUAUGAACUAUCAUUCAAUUUUGAUUAAUAUGGGCAAACUUAAAAUUAAAUAUACUUUUAUACAUUUCAAUAAUAAUACUAAUCAUAAGAUAAAAUGAAAUAUUAUGAACCUUAAAUCCAGCUUUUAAACAAUUAUUAAAUUCUUAUCCAGUAUCACCAGUUUUAAUGUUUUCUUUUAUUUUAUUUUUUUUUUUAUUUCAGUGGCGGUGUCAAAUUUUCAGAGUUAAGCGAUGACCAAGGUAAUCAAUAAUGAAUAUAUAUAUAUAUUUUGUUUAUUAUAUUAGUCACGUCACAUAUGAGUUUUAAUAUAAUAUCAUUCAAUAUAAGGAUAAAAAACUUGUUUUUAUUUUGGCCAAACAUCAAAUUUAAUAUGUUCUUCACACAGGCCAUGACUGUUUUUAUUUUUUCUCUAUUGCUAUGCAGUUGAUGUACAUUUGUCUGUUUAUAAAUUGUUAUUCUACAAUACAACAAAAUAACAAACCUAUUUUAUGAUGGCCAUGAGUUUUUUAGCAAUCUCUAAACUGUAUUUUAAUCUAACUUAGUAGGUUAUAAAUUCAUAAUGCCAUAAUGUUUAAUAAUCGUUUUAUAUUCAAACUAGUAUUAUAUUAUAUUUAUAUCUCUUUAUAGUAUUAGGUAUUAUGUUACAUUUAUGGUUUUACUAAUAAUAUUGAUUAUAAAAGCCUCACAAAUCAUUUACCAUCAUGGCAAUAUAUAUUACUGACAGAAUAAGCUUAAGCAGCUAAGUCCAAUACUUUUUAUGCAUGUCUAUGCUCAUGUAAAUUAUCAUUAACCUCAAAAUGUUGUUGUUACAGCCCAUAAAUUUCAAGAGAACCUUCUUAGAUGUAUGUUACAAAUAGAAAAUACAUUUUUUGAGUUGGGUGAAUCAUGCGAACAAGAUUGUCUAAUCAUUUGUGACAGAGGUGCUAUGGAUGCAGCUGCAUGUAAUAAAAUAAUUUUGUAUUCAUUAUGAUCAUAUUUUAAUAACUAACUAAAUGAAAAAUACAAUUAAAAAAAAAAAAAAAAUUAGAAAAUCUAACUUUAAACAGUUUAAACCCCUUUGAUUUAAAUUAAUAUAAUGCUAAUUAAUUUAAAAAUGCAUAUAAAAUAAUUUUAGAUAAAAAUCAAAAAAAUUAAACCUCUAGUUUUAACACAGUAACUGCAAUCUGUGACAACCAUAAAAUAUGUGCAUGACAUUGAUGAUCUGUAAAUAAAUCAUACAUAUGUAUUUGGUGACAUGCAUGUUCAUAUUUUGUAUUGUUUAAAUAUAUUCCAUAACAUCUGUUAGGUAUAUUUUUUUAUAUUAACAAUUAGAUAUAUAUUUACUAUUAGUACUUUUCCAUAUAUUGUAAUAUUUUGUUCUACAAUAUUGAAGUUGAUUAUGUACAGCAUUAUACUUCUGGUUUCAUUUUUAUCAAUAUAAUUAAUUGAUAAUUAUUUCUGUAUUGCUAUAACUAUUAUCUACUCUUAAACUUAAAAUAUUUAAUUUAUGCAAAUUAAUUAUUCAAAAAGUCUCACUUAAGUAUAUUUAUGAGAUAUAAUUAAUAAAAGCUGCAGAAUGAAUAAUAAAUGAUGUGUAUAUAUUGUAUAUUAUAUCAUUGUAUUGUAUGCAUAUUUUUUUUGUGAGGGGAAGGAAGUAUCUAACUAAUUGAUUUUAUAAAUAAUAAAAAAAUGUUCAAUUUGGUUUUAUAGAUGUACCUAGUAAUAAGUGGGAUCUAAUAAUGAAAGAAAAUGGGUUGAAUAUGGUUGACUUGAGAGACAAUCGUUAUAAUCAAAUAAUACAUAUGGUGUCUGCUGCAUGUGGCGCUGAAGAUUUUUAUACAACUGAGGUUAAAACUUAUAUUAUUAUAAUGUUCUAUAUUUAAUAAUUAUUUAUUUAAAAUCUGUUUUAGGAUCAUACAAGUAGAAGAGAAGAUGUGUCUCUAGCUAGGAGUUUAGAUGUCAAAUCAUCAGCAUCAUGGAUUGGACAUCCAUAUUUUGAUGUCAUUGAUAAUUCAUCAGAUUUUGAAAAUAAAAUAUGCAGAAUGAUAGCUGUAAAUAUAUAAACACAUUGGUAUUAAUUACCAGUAGCCUCUGCCAAUAAUAAUUCUAUUAAAUUGUCCAGGCUGUUUGUCAAAAGUUGGGUCUAGAUACUGGUGAUAGAUUAGCAACAAAUUCAAAAAAACGUAAAUGGUUAGUGAAGUAUCUACCUAAUGAUCAAUUGUUUCCUCCGUUCCAAGAUUUUGAUGUUGUACACAAUUACUUGCAAACAUAUACAAAAAAUAUGCAAGCUCGAUUGCGAAAACGAGGACAAAAAGGUUUUCUGAUAUUUAUUUACAUUACAAUACUGACCCAUGAUUUUAUUUUUGUUUAUUUCCAGGCCAUUGGAAUUACACACAUACAAUACGUAGACCAAGGGUCCGUGGUCAAGUGAUUGAAGUUAAAACUCAGCUCAGCCACAGAGAUUAUGUGAAUCUAUUGUCUCAAAAAGAUGAAAGUCAUUACCCUAUCUAUAAAAAAAGGCGAUGUUUUAUUCACUUCAAUCAGUAUUUCCAGUUGGAUAUUUAUUGUAAACCUUGUCAUCCUAGGUAUAUGUGUGGUCAAAAAAAAAUUGUCAUUUUCCUCCUUGGGUACAAUACUAUAAUUACGAUUGUUGUUUAAUUAAAAUUUUUUAUUUUAGAUGCGAAGGGUUGGUGUUACUUGAGACGUAUUCUGCUCUCGAAGACCAAGAGUUGCUUGACCGUUUACCAAAGUUCCUAGAUAUUGAUUCCGAGGUGACAUCAAAUCCAGCAUAUUCUAUGUUUAACUUGUCGUUAGUUGAAGAUUGGGACAAGUCAAAAAAUUUCUGCCAUUACUUGAAAGGUAAUUCAUAAUUGCCUCAGUGACUUCAAUAGGAAACCAAUCAAAAAAAUAGUUAUUGUGUAUGUCUACAUGGUUUUUUUAAAAUUGUAUUUAAUAUUAUAUUAUGUUUCAACAUGUUGAGUUUUAUUGUUAUUAUUAUUUUUUUUAUGUUAAGUUUUAGAUGUAGCAAUUUUUUGUAAAUCUUUUUUAGGGCCAGAUGAAGAUCUGAAUGUAGGUGAUCAUAAAACAAACCAAGUUAGUUACAUUCACACAAACGGGAAAUUAAGGAAAUAGUAACAUUGCUUAAACAUUUUGAAUAAUAUAUCUAGUAUUACAACUUUGUUUUUAGAUUUUUUUUUCUUAUUGUAUAAUACUCAUAUUAUGGUUUUGUUUUACUUUUUGUGAAGUAGUAUUCCAAAAGUUGCUAAUCAAAAAUUGUUAUCAAUAUAUUUUUUUUUAGUUUAAAAUCUAGGUACUUCAUGUAGUCUGUCACACACAUAAACAUUACAUACACUCACACAUUAUUAUAUGCAUAAUUUUAUGUAUAUGCAUUAUUUUUUCUUUAUAUUUUCUAUUAUUAUUGUUGUUGUUUUUUCUAUGCAACCAGUACUUAAUAUUAUUGUAGUAAUUCAUAUUUUUUUAGAUGAUCUUAUAAAAUAAUUAUAAGAAAUAAUUUGUUUAAAUUAUAUUCAAAACACCAAUGCUAUUAUUUAGGAUUUACUGUUGUAUCCAUCAAGACGAAUUAAUACAACUAUUGAACACGGUGAAAUGAUAAACUGUUUGAUUACCCAUAUAUUUAUAAACUUAACACCUACAAUUUUCCUACAAAAAAUAUUACUUCGAAUGUGGGUCAAAAAUAGGUAUUCUCGAUUUUGAAUGUGGUAAGCGGCGUUUUUGAUUGUCUUACACAUUUUAUUGGAACCUUGCCAAAACCAUUUUUUUUCUUUUGGCAAUCUUAAAUUAUUUUAUUUUAAACAUCUUGCUCAUCAUUACUGCUAAGACAGAUGGUUGCUAAUUGUCAUCUUUUAAAAUUAAAAACGUUAACAUUUUUAUGGUUGAGUUAAAUGAAUAUUGUGUAUUUUUACUUUCAAAGAAAUGGUGGUUUUAAAUGCAAUUAACACAUAGUGGUUUUUGCUGUACUUUUCUUAUUUAUUAUGAAUUGUUAGUUGAUAUUUAAGGAAUAUUUUAUUUAUAAAAGUCUUUGCUUUUAUUAAUAUAUGUUCAGUGUUCACAUUAUAACCGCUAAAUAAAUAAAUCUGUGUGACAUAUGAUUCUAAAUUCUAAAUCAUCUAAAUCAUAAAACUAUAUAAGUCACGCUAUUCUGUAUGAAAUAAAUAAAUAACAAUAUUACAUACCUACCAAACGAUAAAUGUAUAUUGUGUUUUGGAUGGCUUUCAUAUAAGUAGUAAAAUAAUGCUGAACAAUACACCACGUUCUAAAAUGUUAAUCACAUCUGUUAAAUGUUAAUUGAUAUUAAAAAUUGGGAACGUGAAUGACCAAACCUCCUAAUACGCCAACAUUUAACAAACAUAUAAUAUGCAAAAUAUAACUUUUUGUUUAUUUUUCAAAUUGUUUUCAUCUACAAGGGUACAAGCGAGUGUUAGAUCAUCUCAUCUUUUUUUUUAAUUGUAAAUAUAGAUAGAAUUUUCAUUAAAUUUUAACUAAAAAAUAUCUUAGUAAAAUUAAUAACUUCUUCACUACCUACCUACACUCGGAAUCUAAAAUAACCUAAAUACCUACAUAUUAUUGUUUAUUUUAGGCAUAGUAUUGUGUUAUUGUUUUACUUAAGUAAAAUGCACUCUACUAUAAAUUCAUAGAGAAUAAAAUAUUACGUAGACAUAGUAAGUAGGUAGUUUUAUUAGUAUUAGGAGGCUUCAAUAAUAAUUAUUAAUUAGCUAAUUAUAUAUAAUAAUAACUGAAAAUGUCUCAGUUUCUUCUAAGUUAUUUUUUUUGGUUUUGCUCCAUUAUUAAAAGAACUAGGUGGACAAUUAAUAAAUGAUCUUUUUAUUCAACAACUAAAAUAGCAACAAAAUAUUUCUCUUGUUUUUCUAUUGGAGCAAUAAUCUGGUAGAAAAUAUCAUGUUUAAACAUUUUAAAUAUAAAAAUCUUAUGCCGUAAAUGUUUGAUUUUUCGUCUACGGUUUUCUGAAUUAUUAUGUAAACUACUUAGAAAAUCAAGAAACAACUCUCUACUUGAGUACCUAUCUAUUUAGAUUUAAAUUGCAAAAAAGAGGUUAUUUUGCUUUUUAUUGGAGCAAUAUUUCUGGUAGAAAUGUUGCUCAGACAAAAAAAAAAAAUCGCACAUCAUAGAAAAACCAAUAGAUCCCUCUCUCUGCUCCGAAUAUAAAAUCUAAAAAAUCGUAUUGUAAGAUUUUAAAUCCAGUUUAUAAUGCAUUUUUCGAGGGAACAAAGUAUUUGAAUUUUAUUUUAAAAUGUGAUUGUCAUUUGUUUUGGAAAUGAGAGUUACAGAAAUCAUCGAAAAUUUAUGUGCUUGGUAUAUUAGGGUCAUCAUCUCGAUGAGCUUGAAGUGAGUACUGGUAGUAAAUUACUAUUCUUGUUGUGAAAUUGUGAGUUUACAUCAUGUUUGUCAAUUUGGUUAACGAAAUAACGGUACAUGUGGGUGAAACCUUUUUCACAAUAAUAAAAUGUCGUCUAUUGUGAUAGGCUGCAGAUCAUAUGAUAAUUAUUAUUGUUUUGGGAAUUUAUUGUGAAUGGAAUAAGACAGGUAUUGAUUUUUUAAAGGUGACGGAAAAAGUAAACAUCCUAUGCUCUAAUGAUUGAUGGAAGAAAAUAAUACUCAGGCGUCGAAAAAAUUAUUUCGCUGGACUGUAUUACUAACCACAGCAAAGAAGAGUACCUAAACAGUUGCAGUUGAUGAUCCGACAAACACAAUCAAUAACCUUGAAGGACAAAUUAGAUUUUUGAAGUGAGCAAUUGUAUCCGGAACAACUGGUGCACUGCACUAAACCAAUAUAUAGCUUGGUAUUAUUACUAAACAAUUAUAUUGCCAAGAGAACAUAAACAUGUUCGAGGAUCAUACAUUAUGCAAUUUUUUGAAGACCCGAAGAAAAUGUAUCCCAAUUGGAAUGGAGGAAACAAUAAAACAUUGACAUUAAAAAACCUUGAAACACAAACUCGAUGAAUAUUUUCCACGACGUAUGAAUGUGCCUUAGCUUUUUAUCAGCCAUGAAUUCGACUUUGAUGAAUCGAGCUAUGAUUCUUAGUCG